CCCAAAUCCUCUGCAAGUCAAUUCAACCAUGAGCGACGAAGGAACGAGCGUCUACGCCACGCGCUCGAUGAAGAAGCGAGCCUCACCGUCGUCGGAGGCUCUGAAACCUCCGGCGUCCAAGAAGUACCGAUCCGUACUGGGAGAGAUCACUAACUCGCCGGAACUCGCUUCGGCGCCGAAGAAACCGAAAAUUGAGUCGCCCAAGGAGAAGGAGGAGGAUCUGAAGACCGAGAUCGACGUCAGCGCAGUUGAUCCGGUCAGAUGUGCUUACUCGCCGUCUAUGUAUAAGCAUCUUCGGAAACUGGAGAUAGAGGCGAGGAAUAGACCUUUGUAUGGUUACUUGGAGAAGGUACAGAACCGUAUUACAGAACACAUGCGAGAAGUCCUGGUGGAUUGGUUGGUGGAGGUCGCGGAGGAGUACAAGUUUGUUUCAGACACCCUUUAUCUAACUGUAUCAUAUAUUGACAGAUAUCUUUCCUCACACAUUAUCAGCAAGAACAAGCUACAGCUUCUUGGUGUCGCGUGCAUGUUUAUUGCCUCGAAGUACGAAGAGAUUUGUCCUCCACGGGUUGAGGAGUUCUGCUAUAUAACAGAUAAUACCUACAAGAUAGAAGAGGUGCUAGAAAUGGAGAGACAUGUACUCAAAUUCUUGAACUUUGAGAUCUAUACUCCAACGACAAAGAAUUUUCUCAGAAUCUUCGCAAGAGCUGCUCAAGAGAAUUCCAAAUCUUCGGACCUGCGCUUUGAAUUCUUGGGUGGCUAUCUUGCGGAACUAAGUUUGCUUGACUAUUGCUGUGUUCAAUUCCUACCAUCAGUUAUUGCUGCAUCAGCGGUUUUUCUUUCUAGGUUCACGGUUCAGCCUGAAGUCCAUCCUUGGAGCUGGGACUUGCAAUGCUACUCUGGUUAUAGACCAUCCGACUUACAGAAUUGCAUCCUUGUCCUUCAUGACUUGCAGCUGAAUAAAAGAGGAAGCAAUUCAAGAGCUAUUAGAGAUAAAUAUAUGCGAGCAAAGUUCAAGUGCGUAGCAACAUUUUCUUCACAUUCUGAGAUUCCUGCACUUUAUUUUGAGCCAUCGACUAAGUGCUAGAUUUGCGCAUAAGGUAUGGCUUGAGAAAGACUGCCUUAGUUACGGAUGUAUUGAUUUCAGAAACAGAAAAAGGAGCAAGAUGCUGACCUAGUUUUGAAAGAAGUUCUUCAACACUUUUCCUAGCUAGCUGCUUAAACCUGAAGCUGCUAUAGUAUACAUGAGCGAAAGACUCCAGUAGGUUGCUAGGGACGGAUCUCAAAUUUAACUGCACUAAUUUUGCCGACCAGAUAUAUGUAAAUUGUGGUUGUCCUGGAAGAAUCAAGAAUUACUAGUAACUUUUUCGAGGUAUCAAAUUCUUCUUGAUGUCUGAUCUCUCAACUAAGUUCUGAUCUCCGCUCCUACACAUGUAUCUGUAUUGGCGUUAUGUAAUUGAGUCCGACUUGUCAUAUUUCUCUUGGGUUAUAAUUUAGCUAGUUCAGUUAAAUA